AUGGAAAUCGAAUUUAAACACGAUACUAGUAUGAAGGAAGGAAUCUCUGUUAAAGAACAUGUUCUAGAUAUGAUGAUCCAUUUCAGCAUAACGGAGAUUCAAGGGAUUUACCAAUUACUUUUUUUUUUUUUUUUUUGGGUACCGGGACCGGUGAUAGUAGGUGCAGGGCCGUCGGGACUAGCUGCGGCGGCGUGUUUGAAACAAAGAGGAGUACCGAGUGUUUUGCUGGAGAGAUCCAACUGUAUAGCGUCGUUGUGGCAGUUAAAGACGUAUGAUCGUCUACGGUUGCAUCUACCGAAGCAAUUUUGUGAGCUGCCGUUUAUGGGUUUUCCGGUGGAGUUCCCGACGUAUCCUUCAAAGCAACAAUUCAUCAAGUAUUUGGAGGAUUAUGCGGAGAGAUUUGACAUACGGCCGAGAUUUAACGAGACGGUUGCGGAAGCAGAGUAUGAUCGCACGCUCGGGUUUUGGCGCGUGAGAAGCAAGCGCGGUCGUUCAGAUGAAACAGAGUACGUUUCACGGUGGUUGAUCGUGGCUACGGGAGAAAAUGCGGAGGCGGUGGUGCCGGAGCUUGACGGAAUGGAUGUAUUUGGUGGCUCAAUAAAACAUACAAGUUUAUACAAAAGCGGUGAAGAAUUUCGAGGCAAAAAAGUUUUGGUUGUUGGCUGUGGAAAUUCAGGCAUGGAAGUUUGUUUAGAUCUUUGUGAACAUAGUGCUACACCUUCUCUCGUCGUCAGAGAUACAGUUCACGUACUACCACGAGAGAUGCUGGGAAAAUCGACUUUCGGGUUGUCCAUGUGGUUGCUAAAGUGGUUCCCCAUACGUCUUGUCGAUGGGUUCUUGCUAAUGGUGUCGAGGCUGAUACUUGGGGACACUGCAAGAUUCGGAUUGGACCGGCCCAUUAUGGGCCCACUUCGUCUCAAAAUGUCCGGAAAGACCCCUGUCUUGGAUGUUGGUACUCUAGCCAAAAUCAAAUCCGGACAUAUUAAGAUACGCCCUAGCAUCAAACGGCUGAAACGUCAGGCGGUGGAGUUUGUUGAUGGAAGAACAGAAAGAUUUGAUUCCAUUAUUUUGGCUACUGGUUAUAGAAGCAAUGUGCCCUCUUGGCUAAAGGAGGGAGAAAUGUUUGGGAAAGAAGAUGGGUUGCCAAGGAGGCCAUUUCCAAAUGGAUGGAAAGGAGAAAGUGGGCUAUAUGCAGUAGGAUUCACAAAGCGUGGAUUACUCGGCGCAUCAAUGGAUGCCAAAAGAAUCGCCGAGGACAUCGAACGGUGUUGGAAAGCCGACGCUAAGCUCAUGCAAUCUCCACCGUCCACGUAGACACCUGCGACUCUACUCCGUGCAAAAAAAAAAAAAAGAAAAGAAAAAUGUCCCAAAAAAGUUGAAAAAAUCGCAGCUCCAUUCAAACGCGCACUCAAGAAUCAUCGCCCUCUCCUUCUUCUUCAAUGAAUGGGAACCUGCGGGGUUUCGGAGAGAAAAAGAAAGGAAAAAGAUUUUUUAAAAAAAUUGGGAAUUAACAGAGAGGAAAUUACCAUUUCGGCCCUCGGGAUGAAGGAAGAGACAGAGGAAUUUUUUUUCUUCAUGAAGGGCAAUCACGAUUUUUUAACAAUUUUUUCUCUGGUUAGAGAGAGAAAGGGGAUGUUUGGAAACAAGGAUAUUUUAGGGAAGUGUUUGAAAGAAGGAGGAGCUUUGGAAUUGGUUUUGUGGCGACGUAUCCGAAUAAUGUGACUGACUCUUAAUAACCAUUAGAUGGUUUGGACAAAGAUUAUUGAAAAGAAGAAUUUCUUUUUUUCUUUUAACUAUGUAUUCGAUUCAAGAUUAAUUUUUGUUGAGUGACCAUUUAUGAAUGUGUUUUUUGGAUUCUCUUAGCA